ACUGCAGAGGAUGUCAAUCCUUCAAUCCCUGGGCCAUUUUCACUAGAGAUAUAAACGGAUAGGAUAUCUACGGUUACAAAUACAAAUAUAUAUAGUUACUCCUUCCGUUCCAAGAGAAAUGCAAUAUUAAUUCUAGCUUCCCAUGAAUUCAAUCUAUCUCAACUUUGGCCAAAUAUAUAUAAAAAAUUAAUAUUAUUUAUGAUACCAAAUAGUUAUAGUUAGAUUUAUUGUUAAAUAAAAUUUGGUGUCACAAACAUUAAUAAUAUUUUCUAUAAACUUAAUUUGACUCAAUCCAAACUUAGAGGCUGCUUGGUUCCCAACCACAUCCCGCCACGCCAAGCGUGGCGUUAGCUUAGAGUCGGCGUCGUGGCGUGGCUUGAUAUGACUGGGAACCAAGCACACCCUUAGAAUUACAUUCUUGGGGGGAUGGAGGUAGCAGCUAUUUUUCUUCUAAUCGGAUAAAGAUAGUGAUAAAUAUGUGGGAUAAGAAAUAAAUGGAUAUCGACAUCUUAUAAAUUUGCCGUUCGAAUACGGUGUUGGUUGCUGGAUAUCUGGACUUGUAUAUGGACGUAUCUUAACCCUUUGAAUGGAUCCAAAUCUAAAUAGGAACUAGUGAGGUGACCUGCGCAAAUAGUAUUGAUAUUCUAGAGAUAUAAACGGAUAGGAUAUCUACGGUUACAAAUACAAAUAUAGUUACUCCUUCCAUUCCAAGAGAAAUGCAAUAUUAAUUCUAGCUUCCCAUGAAUUCAAGCUAGAGUGCACGAAGUCAACAGAUCCACACCCGCUGACCCAGACCCAUCCCCUGGUUGUGGGGCGCGGCGACAUCCACAGAUCGAAAUCCGGAGCAGGCCGGCGCCGGCGAGCAAGAUGGGCGCGUUGUCCGUGUCCGUGGUGGUGAAUGUGGUAAUGAGGAAGCUCCACGCGUUUCUGGAGCAGGAGUACGCGCUGCUCUCCGGCGUCCGCCACGACGUCCGCUUCCUCGAGGCCGAGCUAGGAAGCAUGCGCGCCGCGAUCCACCAUUGCGAGUCCCACGACGAGCAGGAUGCCCUGUUCUGGCACUGGAUCGACCUCGUCCGCGAGCUCGCCUACGCCGUCGAGGACUGUGUCGACCUGUUCACCAUCCGUGUCGAUGCUGCCGCCGGCAUCUGGGGCAACCCCUCCUUCAGGUCCCGUUCCCAAGGGUGGUUUCGCAGCAUUGCGCGCAAGAUGACAACACUCCCCACCCGCCGCGUCAUCUCCAGCGAGCUUCAGGAACUGAAGAAGCGUAUCAUGGAGAUAGCAGAGCGGCGAGAGCGCUACAGGCUCGUCAACGCGCACUUCACCGCCACUCACCGUCCCAGAGUUGAUCCCCGCCUUUCCGUGCUCUACCAAGAUAUUGACAGGCUUGUCGGCCUGGCCAGACCGAUGGAAGAGGUGACCAAGAUGGUCACCGAAUCUGGGGGCAAGGCUGAGCUCAAGACCGUCUCCAUCGUCGGCAUGGCCGGAUCCGGGAAGACGACGCUCGCCAAUGCGGUGUACAUGCGGCUUAGAGAGGAGAAUUGCUUCCAGUGUCACGCAUUCGUCACUGUGGGGCAGAAGCCAGACCUCAAGAAGACUCUCAUGCACAUGCUCUCAAUGCUCGACAGCGCGCACCAACAGUUACAUGAGGACAUUGACGAUGACGACCUCAUCGUGCUGCCCAUCAGACACAUACUGGAGAAGAAAAGAUACCUUAUUGUGGUUGAUGAUUUAUGGGCAGAGGAACAUUGGCAAAGCAUAAAGUGUAUUUUUCCAGACAACUCUCUUGGUAGUAGGAUAAUCACCACAACGAGGAAAGCUGCAUUGGCAGAGGAAUGUUCUUACAGUUCAAGCGAUUGCAUUUACAACAUCGGGCUUCUUAGUGAUGUGGACUCUAAAAAGUUAGUACUGAAUGGAGCCUUCGGUUGUGAGCAUGAUGGUUAUCCUCAACAUUUGGAGGACGUUUUUCCCAAAAUUAUAAAAAGAUGCGGUGACCUGCCUCUUGCUUUAGUUACUCUAGCAUCCAUGUUAGCAGACCAGUAUUCAAACGAUAAAUGGGACAUACCUAUUGGAUGGAGAUGGUUAUCACAUCCAGAUGCAGAACAGAUGAUGCAGACAGUUACUCUUAGCUACAACGAUCUACCACUACAUCUCAGGACAUGUCUGCUGUAUCUAAGCACAUUUCCUAGGAACAAAAAGGUUGACAUAGACCGGCUGGUGAGGCGAUGGAUUGCAGAAGAAUUCAUCUUAACGGGGCAUGGUGCAAGUAUGGAGGAAACAGCAAGAAUCUACCUGGAUAAGCUCAUUAGCGUGAACAUGGUUCAGCCAUUGCUUCUGAACAAGGAUGGUGUAAGGUGCUGCAGGCUUCACCCCGUGAUACAUGAUUUCCUUGUCUAUAAAUCCAUGGAAGAGAACUUUAUCACUAUAGUGGACGCAGAUCACCAAGACGUCCCAUCCAACGACAGCACUAUCCGUCGGCUAUCUCUGCAAAGCAGCAUGCAAGAUCAAGACCUGGCACGGAAUGGCUCUAUGAACUUAUUGCAUGCUCGCUCCAUCAUCGUCAUUGGCCAGGCCAGCACCGCGCCUCAGUUGACUGAUUCGAGUGUGGUGCGUGUUCUGGAUUUCGAAGGCUUUGGCGGGAUGGUAUACCUUGAUGGCCUGGACAAACUUCUGCUUCUGAGGUACUUGAGCCUCAGAGGCACUAAUGUCAAUGAGCUCCCGGAGACACUUGGGGAGUUAAGGUGCCUACAGACACUGGAUGUGAGAUCCACAAAGGUGAAACAGCUGCCUCGCAGCAUUCUGAGGCUACAACAUACUUUGAUGGCUCUUUUCGUUGGUGGUGAAGAAAUGAUUAGUUCGAUUGAAACAACAAGGAUGCCAAAUGAUUUCUGGCAGUUGCACAAGCUAGAGAAUCUAGCCACUGUUGAUUUAAGGGGAAAACAUGUCAGCUUCGUUAAAGAUCUCGGUGCUCUAAAAAGUUUAAGAGUGAUUACAUUAACAUUGUCUUUUCACCAGUGUAGUGAUGGACCUCACUGUAAAGAAUUGUUAUCAUCCAUCCAAAAGUGGAGGAAGCUCAAGUCUCUGACCAUUCACUGUGGGCUCGGCUGCUCCAUGGAGUUCCUAGGCUUCCUGUCUGAUCCACCUCAGGAGCUUGAGAAGCUCAAGGUUACAGUGGGAAGAUUUGACUGUGUUCCCACAUGGAUCAACAGCCUCGUGUCUCUUUCUUUCCUCCAAAUUACCAUAUGCAAAAUAGGGACAGCUGAUCUGGACAUACUCAGAGCCUUACCCAAAUUGCAGCUCCUGAUACUAGGCUUGGACUUUGUUCCUAGAGAAACUAUAGAGAUUGAAACUGAGUGGUUCAGUGAGCUUUUGAGGUUCUCAGUCAAUUGCCCGGUGCCGUGGCUCACUUUCCAAACACGAGCUAUGCCAAAGCUCACACAUCUUCAACUAGAGUUCUGCUCAGGUUCAGCAAUGCAAGAGAGUGUUCCAUAUGGUAUCGGCAACCUCCAAAGCCUCACGGAGGUAGCCCUCCUUUACAACCAGGAAUGGUGUGCAAAUAGCUCUAGCGUCGUAAGGACAGUUGAUGCUGUGAAAAGACAGGUCGCCAAGCAUCGCAAUCCAAUCAACCUCGUCAUCAACAACAGUAAAGUUGAUGUCGUCCAAGAGGUUGAUGAGGAGACUGAGAGCGCAAUCAAAAUUCAGAGCGGCAAUGUUCAGGUUCAGCAAGUUGGAGAUGAGGUAGUGAGAAAUUCAGUAGAGACUUGAGGUGAAACUGAAAUUGAAGUUGAAGGUGAUAACAUUAACGAUGCGUAGCUCGCAAGACAAGGAAUGGUGAUCCGCGCUUCAAAGAGCAUCGAUUGCCGAAAUGAAAGGAGUACAUUGCUUCAGCUCAGGUGGAGAUGAGAACAAAGAGUUGCAGGCGCUGAUGCUGUUGGCCACUUGCAUCCAUGUUGCCGUGUCCGAUGAUCUAAAUAUGUUUGGUCACGCCGUGUUUAUGUUUUCCGUAUCCAAUUGCCGUCUGUGUGUUUGUUUAUGUUGUUGAUUGUAACCAACGAGUGCAGUGCGCGCGCCUCCGCGCGCGUAAAAUUUUCCUUUGAUUCCGUUUGGAAAUAUAUAUUUAUUUGCA